UAAAUCGUGAAAGAGCUUCGAGGGUUUAAGGGAGGUGCAGCCCUGAAAUUGAAUUAUCCAAGCUGAACUUGCAAUGGCUUCGCCUUCAAUCUGGAUCCGCUACUUUGUCAGCAAAUUCCAGUACUCCGUCUCUCUGACUCAGAAGACUUAUGUAGGAGACCAUAUAAUGAGCGGCAGUAGACUUGAUGCCAUAUUGAAAAAUGUUUUCAUUGGGAAGUUGACUUUCUUGCACGGCAACAAAGGAGAAGAAAUGGUCCCGACUAUCGAUUCUCGUGGUGGAACUCUUCUUGUUAGGAAAAUCUCAGAUGCAGACCCAACGAAAGUUUAUGUUGGGGAUGUUGUAGUUCUAAAGGACCCUACGGACUCGGACAAAUAUAUUGUCCGUAGAUUAGCUGCUAUUGAAGGAUAUGAGAUGGUUUCUUCUGAUGAAAGUGAUGAGCCUUUUAUCCUCGAAAAAAAUCAUUGCUGGGUAAUAGCGGACAAUGAAAAUCUAAAACCAAAGGAAUCCUAUGAUAGUCGAACAUUUGGUCCAGUUAAUAUGACAACCAUAGUUGGUCGAGUCAUCUAUUACCUAAGGAACGCCGUAGAUCAUGGACCUGUCAAUAAUAGCGAUUUUAGUGCUGGUCAAGAUUCACCUGUGCUUGCCAUGGAACUUGAUGUUGAUGAGAUGAUGAAAAACCAUAAAGAUAAUUAGUUGUACGCGUCUCUUUGUGGAGAAGAAGGUUGUGUUGUACUGAGUCUUCGAGUUUCCAUGCUAAAUGGCUAUAAUCAUUCAGUAUCGUGUUUGGCGUUUCUCAAGCCUCGAGCAUGAAAUAAAUUUGCAGAUGCUUGAUAUUGUUGAUUGUUCAUUAUAUAUGAACCAACACUUUGUAUCUGUUUUAAUUUGGUUACAUCCACAUCUCUCUUUCUCACUCUCUUUCACUCUAAAAUUGCAUUAUUUUAACAAUAGUUCGAAUGUGGUACUUCAUGGUUGCAGGAAAAUUUGUUAUGUCGAUAAGUUUGGUUAUUGAUU